AUGGACAACCCCAACGCCCAAGUCCCGUUCCUCCGGAUGCACUCCUUUGUCUUCAAAGAGCUCGCCGACUGGCUCCCCGACCACACCAAGGUCCUCUUGUCCCAAACAUGCCGCGGCAUCAGGACCAUGCUGCAGAUCAAUAACAUGGUGCCAGCCCUCUCAGCCUCCGAGCACGUCAGGCUCCUCGUCCAACACGCCCGCAGCAACGCCAAGGUCUGGGUAUGCGCGGGGUGCAAGAAGCGGCACCGCAUCACCAAGAGGGAUUUCAUGCAACCCAGAGGGCACCCAUCCUGUCCCUAUCGGAAGUCCUCACGGCCUGGGGAGGAAGUCUCUGGUAUCAACUACGCCCGCGUCCAGCUGGCGCUGAAAUACAACCGAUUGGCGGCUGCCGAUGACAGCCUCCGCCACUACCUCAAUAAGCUCCGUAGCUACGAGGCCGACAACAAGGUAGUCAGGCACAAGAAUAGUUUCGAGAUAUUCGAGUGGUUCUCGAGCCCCAGGGUGGUCGACGCGAGGUUCCUGAUGCACUACCGCUGGGAAUUCAGAAUGCACGGCGCCUCGUACACGCCCUCGGUGUUCCCGCGCCUGAAAAUUUGCAAUCACCAGCGGCUCCGACGGCCGGCCGACGGCGUCGCCUGGUGUGAUCAGAGGAAGCAGCUCUUCUGGGUCGUGGUGAAAGCCAUGUUGUUUAGUCGAAAAGGCGAAGAGUGGCUCGGCAACUGCCCCUUUUGCCCGACCGACUUUGCUGUCCGGAGCUUCGACAACGGCAUGCGCAUCGACGCCUGGAAGGACUUUGGGCCCGAGGACGGUCCUGGCAAUCCCACUUGGAUGUCUCAUUACCUCUCCGAAGCUCAGCGGACUCCCAGUGAUCGGGGGAGUGUUCGCCGGCUGUAUGAUUCGUAUGACGAGAUGCAUUAA